UGCUGAUCAACAAUCGAAUGGUCAAGCCUUACGAUGCUGUGAUGCCCAAGGGCCCGAUGGGUGGGGCAGCGGGAACCUCUUUGUCGACCAAGGUGAAGGUCAAGAAGAAGGAGGACAGCGAUGAGGAUGAUGACAAGAGCGAAGUCAAGACCGAAGCCAAGACGAAAGCGGCGAAGAAGGAACGCCUCAACCUCUUUCGCUCCUCGCCGGACGAGGCAGAUAGCGAAAGCGAGGACAGCCGGCCUAGUCGAGGUCGACGACCCGGUACCACACUUGACACCUAUUUUCGUCCCAAGCCCAAGCCUGCGGCUCCUGCUCCCUCAGCAUCCUCGUCGAGCCACAUCACACGCGCCGUGACUGGCAAGUCUCCUCCGGUCGUCAUCUCGCUCAUAUCUGACGACGAGGAUUGCGGUCAACCGACGUUCCAUCGACGCGGUCGCUACGCCACGCCUGUCGAGGAUGAUGACGGCGACGAGGCAACGCCUCCGCCCUUGGAGCUCUUCUCCAGCCCCGGCCAGGGCCAAAGCUCAAGUAUGGGUGCGUGCAGCACGAAUCCCUCGUCGAGCCCGGUGACCGCAAAAAAGCGCGUGAGGACUGCACGCGACGAGGAUGGUGACGACGACAAGCGUGCAGUGGCCAGCACAUGCAAGGAUAUCGCGUCGACAUCCCCUUCCUCUCACUCGAUGAAACGUCUCAAGAUCCCUCGCCCCUCAACUUUCUUUGAAGACGGUGACUACGAAUCUUCGCCGACUGCGUAUCGCUCUCAACGCAGCGCCGCUGCGCAGGCUACGACGAAGCUGGCUGCCCUCUCCUACACUCUGCCCACGACCGAAGAUGAGUGGGAAGAGGAGCAGGAAUUUGAGAGGCAGAGGGGAACUAGGCGGGCGACUUCCAAAUCAGCAGGGAUGCAUGAGGACCAUGAGGCUGGCACCAGGGAAACGCCAGCCAGGAGACCUGUAGGAAGUCAGAGCAGGCAAGGCAGCACGGCCGUGGACAAAGGAGUGCAGUUGGAAUCACAGGAUGAGCUUGAGGGUGUCCAUCAGUCCACGACCGGCCAGACGCAGCUCCUCGCCGAGCUGGACAUGCUUGGCGACGACUAGACGAUCGCGUCGGCAUCACUUUUGCUACUUGAUCUUGAUCCCUGUCGUUAGAUUGCUUCAACGCCGUGUCG